UGAGCUGGGUCAUCACUGUGGGUGGAGACUUCUCUCGCAGCUGGGUUAACGCUUGCAGAAGACGACCGACAGAGUGAAAUUUGUGCCACAUAACGACUAAAUUUGACCGACACGAUGUCAGUUACUGACUGUGGUGAAUGAACGCAUUCUGUAUUAAGCGCGAUAAUCCUAAAAACGCCGCGUUUGUCCGCUGUGAACUUGUAAAUGAUCACUGGCGCUGGUUUUCUGGAGCUGCUAUUGAAACAUUGUAUCCGCAGUGAAUUAACAUCACCUCGUCCUGUCUCACCUUUAACACAGAGCAUCCAUACGAUCUCUAGUCUAGAGAUCUGACAUAUAUCUUGGUUUGGUGUCUUUACUAAAACACAAAGAAGCGGAUUACAUCAGAUCAAUAACAUUCAAUUGCUACCUGUUGUGAUGGUGAGGUCACACAGGAGAAUAGGUGGAGCAUGAUCGUGGUGUCGGAGAUCUGCUGCAAUGCGUGCUAUUGGCUGUAGGAUGAACCUGCCGGCACUGUUGAAUGGCCUGCUGGUGUCCGUGGUUGCAGCCUUGCUUUGGAAAUACGUUCGCCUGAUUGAGCACACGUCACAGUUGGAGGAGGAGCUACAGCUCACGCGCCAAUCACAGGAGUUCUCGCAGGUGCGUAUCGACUACCACGGUGCCCUCUUGGCACUCCAAGAGCAUGGCACCAGAAUGGUCUGCUCCGGCAAGAUGCACACGGACCGCAUCUGCCGAUUCGACUACCUCUGCUACUGCACGGAGGCAGAGGAGUUUGUGUUCUUCCAUAGCAAUUCCUCCGUCAUGCUGCCUAACCUCGGCCCUCGACGUUUCCAGCCCGCCCUGCUGGACCUCUCCUCCGUAGAGGACCACAAUACUCAGUACUUCAACUUUCUUGAGCUCCCGGCCGCAGCUUUGAAGUUCAUGCCGAAGCCUGUGUUUGUCCCAGACGUCACCCUUAUUCUGAACCGCUUCAACCCCGACAACCUCAUGCAUAUCUUCCAUGAUGACCUUCUGCCCAUCUAUUACACCAUGCAACAGUAUUCAGACUUAGACGAUGAAGCCAGGCUCGUCUUUAUGGAGGGCUGGAGCGAGGGGGCUCACUACGAUCUCUACCGCUUGCUCAGCAGCAAGCAACCACUCCUUAAGGAGCAACUGAAGACCUUUGGGAAACUCAUGUGCUUUACUAAAUCCUAUGUGGGACUGUCAAAGAUGACGACUUGGUAUCAAUAUGGAUUCGUGCAACCUCAAGGACCCAAAGCCAACAUACUGAUAUCAGGCAAUGAGAUUCGACAGUUUGCUUCGUUUUUGAUGGAGAGGCUCAACAUCACGAGAGCGGAGAAGAUGGAGGAUGACGAAUACAUAGUUGUUUUUAAACGUACCACUAACAGGCUGAUCCUCAAUGAGGCUGAGCUUAUUCUGGCGUUAGCCCAAGAGUUUCAGAUGAGGACUGUCACUGUGUCUUUAGAGGAGCAGUCGUUCGAUAGCAUCAUCCAAAUUAUCAGCAGGGCGUCUAUGUUGGUCAGUAUGCACGGAGCCCAGAUGAUCACUUCCAUGUUCUUGCCUCGCGGCGCUGCUGUAAUUGAGCUCUUUCCGUUUGCUGUAAACCCAGAGCAGUACACUCCUUACAAAACCUUGGCUUCCUUACCCGGCAUGGACCUUCAGUACGUUGCAUGGAGAAAUACCGUAGAGGAGAACACUGUUACGUACCCCGACCGGCCCUGGGACCAGGGAGGAAUCGUCCACUUGGAGAAAGAAGAACGAGAGCGUAUCCUCGCCAGCAAAGAAGUGCCGAGACAUCUUUGUUGUCGUAAUCCAGAGUGGCUUUACCGCAUUUACCAGGACACUAUCGUGGACCUCGCCUCUUUUCUACAAGUACUCCGAGAGACUUUGAAAACCAAGCCUAAUCUCAAAAAGUCCAAGGUGGCCAGCACAGUACAUCCUGGUCGAGUCAGAGAGCCCAAGUGCCAGACGUCGGUACAGGCGACCAAUGAAGCAAAACUAUUGGUUUCGUGGCAGAUCCCUUGGAACCUAAAGUACCUAAAGGUUAAAGAUGUAAAAUAUGAAGUUUGGAUCCAGGAGCAGGGAGAGAACACAUAUAUGCCUUACAUACUCCCCCAUCAGAACUACACCUUCACGGAGAACAUCAAACCCUUUACCACAUAUCUAGUAUGGGUGCGCUGCAUCUUUAACAAGAACCUCUUGGGCCCAUUUGCUGACGUUCUUAUAUGUAAAACAUGACUUGGCAGUCGGGUUAAACUCAACGCUGUCGUUCACACAGCCGGUGGAGAAUUAAUUUGAAGGGUAAAAUCUCAGGAGCUCUCCUGAGAGUAGCGUGUGUGAUAUUAAACCUCGGUUGGCGCUCUGAUGGUCUUUUGAUCUUGAUUGUUCUUCUUCAUGGGAGUGCUGUGACCUGAUGGAGAAUGAAUGGAGUCUGCAGGAAAUGCAAAUCAUUGAACUGCCAAUGCAUUUAGAUUAUAGAAGAAAGCUCUGAAUUGCUUUAUUUAUUAGAAAUGGAUUACGUAAUUUAAAUUUGUAUUUAUAAGUCUAAGACACUGGUGAUAUCUGCUUGUGUUGACCGAGAGACUGCAAACGUAUCUGUGGUUUAACUGAUUAUAUUCAGAAUUGUAUGUGACUGUGAGUGUGACCUCUGAAUACCAAUGUUUGUGUUGUAGUUUUGCAUUGAUUUUUGUCCUAAUUUUUUGGUGAGGAAAUGUGUUUAGUAAUCACAAGUAAAAGUGAGCUUGAAGAUUUUCUACGAUUUUAAAAGUAGUUUUUUGUAAAAAGUAGUUUGAAUCGACUGUAGUUUUUCAGCAGUUUGUUCAUUUUCUCUCUUUCCUGAUCAGUAUUAUUUGCCAGUAAGAUCAAAUUCAGUUUGUUUAAAAGCUGAUUUAUAAAAUCCCUUAAACAGAUGUUUUGUUGAGCAUAAAUGAUUAAGGGGCAGUUUCCCAGACAGGGUUUAGAUUAAUCCAGGACUAAACCUUAGUUAUAUUAGGACAUUUAAGUAGUUUUUACAAACAAACCUUACAAUAAACAUUCUUGGGACAAAACAAUGUCACUGAUGUAUGUUAAGAUACGUCAGUCAUGGGCAUUCAAGCCCAACAGCCUUGACUUCCAUGCUGAAGCUUCCUCAAAUCCAUUCAACUUGACUCAUUUAGAAUCCAUAUAAUUUAAACUCCAUUUUGUGUUUUCAUUACAUUCGCCAGCUACACUUCUACGGGGGCUGCGACCCAAGGUAAACAAAGCUUUUAGCCACAAAAUCAAGUGUUUAAUAAAAAGAAUAAAAGAAAUGGUGUCUACCCCAGUAAAUGUUUUUGACCCACCCACAUUUUUUUUGUUUCCGGCGCCCAUGACGACAGUGCAGAUUGUUUUUAAAUUAGAUCAAGCAUGCGUUUUAGUCUGGGACUAGUAGUGUUGUAGUUCUCGAGACCAGUUUCAAGACCACUUUUUUAAGGUCUUGGUCUCGUCUUGGAAUCUACUGCAUUUUUACUCUGUCUCAGACAAAGAGGACUCGGUCAAGACCACAACUGAUGGCACAUCACAAUUUUUUUUUCAGGUUUGGCAUAUGAUGUUGGCAUUGUUUAAGCAUUGUUUAAGUUUCUCCCAAUGACAAUUUUUCUAAUUUUAUUAAAACACCUGCAUUGUGUUAAGUGGAUGGCAAGCCAUGGAAAGACAGUUCAGAAUAAAUGGUUAAGUUUAUUUUACUCUUUAGUGUUUGUUGUUCACUUUUAUUUGCUUAUAGACAAAGAUAAAUUCCCACAUAUCUGCAAUGCCUUUGAUUAUUUUAUCAACUUCUCUGAUGGCAUACACACACACACACACACACACACACACGCACGCACGCACGCACGCACGCACGCACGCACGCACGCACGCACGCACACACGCACGCACACACACACACAGACAAGAAGUGUCUAAUCAUAUGCAUAUUCCACAUUUUAUCAUAAGUGUUUUAAUGCAGUGACUUGCACUAGUCUUGGUCUUGACUUGGUCUUGGCCUGUUUUGGUCUUGUCUCGGUCUCGGCCUGUCUUGGUCAUGACUUGGUCUCGGUUUAGGUGGUCUUGACUACAACACUAGGGACUAGGAUAAGCCCUGUCUGGAAAACCGCCCCGUAAUGAUUUAACUUAUGUGGUCUGACAUGUUGUGUUCAGAAAUGUUACAAUUUCAUUAAAAAUUGUUCAUGACACAUUAGCAUUUAGUUCUAUACUUGGUGAAGUGAAAGUAUGGAUGAUUGUUGCAGCAUAAUGGUUACGGAUUGCAGCUGGUACUAUAACACAAAAGAAAUAGUGAUGUUGGUUUGGAUAAAAAGCAUUUAUUAAAUUUCAAUUACGGGAGUAUUUCAAGAAAAGCAUUUGUGACUGCAUACUGCAGGUCUUCUCGGGUCCAAAGAAAUCUACCCAACCUGAAAUGACCCAUAAUGACCACUUUUUCCCAACGUGCAUAAAUAUUUUUUUUAAAGAAAGACCCGACCCAAGACAAACCCAAGAACAUUAGACCCAACACAGCAGUUAGACAGAAAGAAACCCCACUGGCCUCGCAACCCAUUUGGCUCACUGCUCUAUUUAUUUUCAUUUGAUAUCUGAUGACAACAUCAAGGUAGCCUAACAUUUGCAUUCAAAAUUGAGUGACAGGUCUGGCACAGGGAAAACAAACCUACCGCCACACAAUGUUGCAGGCGCUCAUGUAAAACAGAGGAGGGGUUGGAAAAGGACUCGCUGCACACACGCAAGAAGUUCAGGUCUUCUCGGGUCCGUUCAACAAAAUGCAUUCAUUUUAAAUUACCCGAGACCAUAUUUUUGGAUCUAAGUGGACCCGUAAAGACCUCUACUGCAUAUACCUUAAAGGCUGUGUGUAGAUUGUAGUGACAAAAUGUGCUCUAAAGAGCAGUUUGUCUGUUUAUGGCUACUGUAGAAACAAAUUGUGCUGCCAUGUCCUAUUCCAUGUAAGGGUACCCGCGGUGUGUGUAGAUAAAAAUGCCUCAUUCUAAAGUAAUAAAAACAAUUUGGUUCAUUAUGUAAGGUCUUUAUACACAACUGAUAAUAUAGUUAUGUAUAUUAUAUUGCAUUUCUGUCAUCCUUCUAGUUACACAGAGCACCAAUAAUGCAAUAUUAAAAUGUUAUUUCAUAGUAUUUCAUAUGCUGCUUGAAGAAACCACUGUUUGUUUCCACUUUCUAUGAUCUGUCAUUUAACAAAGUAAUGAACAUAUAUAAUAUCUAUAUUGUGGGCUGCUGAGGAUGUAACACCAAUGUCGACUUUGUUGGUUUGUUUGUUUGUUUAAGUAAACAUACUUAAUCUGCAAGCUUUUAAAUGGUGACUUAUGGAUUAUGUACUUUAUCUCUGCUAGUUUUUUUUUUUUUUUCAAAAAGACUCUGCAAAGCUAAAAAUACUGUAGUCCAGGUUUCUUAAAGGGAUAGUUCACCCAAAAAUGAAAACAUUUUAUAAUUUAUCUCUGAUGUUAUUCCAGACCUGAAUGACUUUCUUCUGAUAAACACAAAGGAAGAUAUUUUGAAGAAUAUUUGUACCAAAUAUGAUUAGCUCAAUUGACUUCUAUUAUACGGACACAAAACCACAAAGACAUUUCUAAAAUAUCUUCUUUUGUGUUGUUCAGCAAGAAAAAUAUGCAGGUUUUGAAUGACAGAAUAAAUGACAGAAUUUUUAGUUUUGGGUGAACAAUCCCCCUCGUUGAAAUUAUAUUUUCACGAAUUUUGUGACGAAUGAAUGAAACAUAUCAUGUUCAAAGGAAAACCACAUGCCCUUUUUUCACCAUAUCGGUAUGUAUGACACUUCAAAGCAUCUGUUUUUAAAUCAGUAAGGUCAUAGUUUUAAGGAUUUAAGUACUGUC